AUGCUUCUAUCCAAAAUUUUCACCAUCUAUGCAACGAUUGCAUUCGAAACCGUUGCUUGGAUUCUCGAAUUGACAUGGUCUCUAAUAAAUCCAAUCUGGAAAUACUUGCAAAUAGAGCAACGGGCCAGGACUCUAGCUCUCAAACUGCUGAAACUGGGGCCAAUACCUCGACAUGUGGCAUUUGUAAUGGAUGGAAACAGGCGAUACGCUAAAGACAAGAAGAAGACAACUGGCGAAGGUCAUCGAGAAGGAUUUGGGAGAUUGCAAGAAACAUUGGAUUGGUGUCUGCAACUAGGAGUUUCGACUGUCACGGUAUAUGCAUUCUCAGUAGAAAAUUUUAGACGGUCGCAAGAGGAAGUCAAUACCCUCAUGUCGCUUGCAAUUGAAAAGUUUGAAGAGUUUGCUACCAAGAGUGAUCUGAUUGCCAAACACGGUAUACGUGUCCGUGUCAUUGGCGAGACGCACAUGCUACCAGAGAAAUUACAGGAAGCUGCUGCAAGAGCUACGCAGAUUACUCGUCAAAACUCAAACGCCACUCUAAAUAUCUGCUUCCCAUACACAUCACGUCACGAAAUCACUUCUGCAGUCCGUCGUCUAGUCGAGGCGGUAGAAGAUGGACGUAUCGCUCCAACUGAUAUCACUGCAGAAAUGAUUGAGAGGUGUUUGGGGACUGGUGACGAUGAGGAAUUGGAUUUGUUGGUUAGGACUAGUGGUGAAAUCCGGUUGAGUGAUUUCUUGUUGUGGCAGUGCUCUACAUCAUGCCACAUACAUUUCGCAGCCAAGUUUUGGCCGGAAUUCACUUUUUGGGAUAUGUUUCUUCCCAUUCUUGCAUACCAAGUUCGAUACAAGGACAUUGUGGAAGCUCGCACACGCAGGCGUGACGAGUUGAAUUAUGUCUUCCCACCUGGUCCUCUAAACUUUGACCAUGUCGCUUUGGCUGCAGAAGAGCCUACCAUACAGCGUCAGAACCACUAUAAGGUGGCUCAAGUCUUGGCUGAAAUCAGUGCAGAUCAUCCGAUGAGUUAA